GACGCACAAGGAACUUGUCACUAUGACAGAAAACAGCAGCAAUGGCGAUAAAACAUCAUUUCCAUGGCAUAUCGGUGUCUACGAUGCCCACUGUCACCCGACAGACACCGUGGCUAAUCUCGAAUCCAUGCCGCGCAUGAAAGCCGCCGGCCUAACUGUCAUGGCCACCCGAGGGCAGGACCAGCAUUUGGUCGCUGAAGCCGCAGACACGUAUGGCUUUGUCAGCAUAAAGGAAGCACAUGCAAGAGCUUCAGACCGAAUAAGCAGCGGUGCUCAACAGCAACAUUGCAUCGUUCCCAGCUUCGGAUGGCACCCGUGGUUCUCUCACCAGCUCUACGACGACUCUGAUCCCAACCUGUCCGCUUCAGACAACAACAAAACCUUGUCUAUCGAAGCCAAAACGGCACAUUACCAAAAUGUCCUUUCUCCCCGUUCCGAAGACCACGACUUUCUGCACUCACUUCCCGACCCUCUCCCGCUCUCUCAAUUCCUCGACCAAACGCGAGAUCUUCUUCGAGAAUACCCUCUCGCACUUGUUGGUGAAGUCGGCAUUGACAAAUCCUUUCGUAUACCCGAGGCCUGGCUUCCCAGUCAAUCGGAAGAACGUGAUUCAUCAUUAACCCCUGGCGGACGGGAAGGGCGCCGGUUGUCUCCAUACCGCGUCAGCGUCGAGCAUCAGCGGAAAAUACUCAAAGCGCAGCUACAUCUCGCGGGCGAAAUGCAGCGCGCCGUAUCAAUUCACGGUGUUCAGGCACAUGGAGUGUUAUUCGAGGUCUUGCAAGAAACGUGGAAAGGGCACGAAAAGGAAGUAAUUAGCAAGUCGCAGCGGAAAAGACAAGGAAAGGACAUCGGCGGCGAAGCCGCUUAUACAUCUGAUAGCGAGAAUGGCAAGAACGGAAAACAUGGCGGGGAAUCGAAAACGCCAAAGCCAUAUCCGCCUCGUGUCUGUCUACAUUCAUAUUCUGGUCCUCCUGAGGCAUUAAAGCAAUACUAUCACCCAUCUAUCCCGACAGAAAUCUUCUUCUCAUUCUCCUCCGUUAUCAACAUGUCUACUUCCGCAGCAAAGAAAGCGCAGGAUGUUAUUCGCGCGGUGCCUGAUGACCGGUUACUGGUGGAAAGUGACCUGCAUGAAGCGGGUGAUAGAAUGGAUGGAUACCUAGAAGAGAUGACGCGGUUGAUAUGUGAUAUUAAAGGUUGGGAAUUGGAGGACGGGGUCAAGUGCUUAAAGGAGAAUUGGAUGCGCUUUGCAUUUGGCGAUGCAGCGUAAUUUAUGAUCAGGGUAUGAUCCCAAGGAC